AUGGUUUGGCUACGAAUAUUUCAACACCGGCGUGUUCCGUCACUACCCGUGCACCAACGAACGUUGCGAGAAAUUACAAAACUCUUAAACGAAUCAAAUUCUGCUGUCCAGAAUCCUCUCAAGCCUACCGACACACAACAAGGUCAAUUAAACAAGCCAUUUGAAGGCAAAUCUUUAGUACCGUUUGGAUCUGAUGAACCGGUGAAACCAGUUGAACCGGUAAAACCUGUCGAACCAGUCAAACCUGUUGAACAAGUAAAACCUGUUGAACCCGUCCAACCUGUUGAGCCAGUCAAGCCUGUGGAGCCGGUCGCAUGUGUUGAACCGGUCAAAUCUGUUGAACGAGUGGCAACUGUUGAACCAAUCAAACCUGUUGUGCCAGUCCAACCCAUAUAG